GUGCCCAUGCUCCUGGUGGUGUGCGCGCCUGGAGGUCAGUCAGAUCUCGGCGAACGGUGAGAGCAGACUGGUUGAUAACAUGAAGAUCUGGACGUCAGAACACGUUUUUGACCACCCAUGGGAGACUGUUACAACCGCCGCCAUGCAGAAGUACCCCAACCCAAUGAAUCCAAACGUAGUUGGAGUGGAUGUUUUAGAUAGACAAGUGGACUCCACAGGGAAACUGCACAGUGACCGACUCCUGAGCACUGAAUGGGGAAUGCCCUCACUAGUUAGAUCAAUUAUUGGGACAUGUAGGACAAAUACUUACAUUCAAGAACAUUCUGUGGUAGACCCUGUUGCCAAAACAAUGGAGCUAACAUCCACCAAUAUCACAUUCACAAAUCUGGUUUCUGUGGAUGAAAGACUUGUUUACAAACCACAUCCCCAGGACCCUCAAAAAACCAUUCUUACGCAAGAGGCAAUCAUUUCAGUAAAAGGUGUCAGUCUGAGCAGCUAUUUAGAGGGAAUGAUGGCAAACACCAUUUCUACAAAUGCCAACAAGGGUCGGGACGCCUUGGAAUGGGUAAUUGGAAAAUUAAAUACAGAACUUGAGGAUCUGAAAGCUACAACUAGAGGAAGCCUUAGGACAUCCAUUGCAGCUGCAGCCUUUGUAGAGAAAUGAUACCCUGAGAGACAUUACAAAUAAUAUUCCCUAGGUAUACGAUUGAGCUGCAGCUUCUCUCCACGCAAUAUUCUAUAUUUAUUCUUAUUUAAGAAUUUAUCUAUUUUAAGUAGGUUUUCAAAUUGGAGCUUGGGUAGAAGCUGCAGCUUCAUGGGAACAAAUAUCGCAGGAGGACCAAAUGGCCCCUUUGUAAUAUGGGACUGGAUAGACACAGGUGGCCACUUGUUCUCUAGCUUGGUCACUUCUUGGACCUCAGAAUGACAAAUAAAAAAAAUUCCUUGCAGUACCUUAGUGCUUGAGUGGAAGGAUUAAUUGCUAGACGGCUAACCCUAUUACAAAUAUGGGACCAACAGUCCAUUCAGACAGCUACGUACCAAUAUGGUGGUCUGGUUUUUCCUUUUGGCAGCGAGAAAGGAGAUUUGGAAUUUCAAAUGUAGUUUAAGGAAUAUGUUUGCAUUACUACAGACCACUGUAUCAAGUAUCUCUCAAACUAAGGAGACUCUUGAGAAGGAAUUGCUACCAUUCAUUUAACCUUUCUGCUACCAGAUAAUCCAUCAUUAUUGGACUUUGCUGUUGUAAGUGCAAUUAUCUCUAGUUUUGUGCAGUAUUAAGCUGGUUAAAAUUGGCUUUUUGUUUACCAAAUUUUCAUGUGGCACAAACCACUGUGCAUACAUUAAAUGUAUUGUGCAGUCAUAUAAAAUUGCUUUUUUGUAUGGUUCUCAUUCAUUGUGAAAUGUUAACUUCAAUAUAAUUGGCUAGCCCAUAAAAAUAUAUUUACAUUUGCAACAUAUUGCAAUAUAACCACUUUUAGCAGUGUAUUAACAUAUUGAAAAUUAUCUUUAAGAUUUAAGCUUAAAGCUUAAUUGGGAAGCACUAUCUCCUCACAAUACGAUGGAAUUUUGUUUCUUAGCAUAAGUAAAAUUUUGUAUUGUACUGAAGAAGUAUAUGUUUAAAAAAACAAAAGGUUAUUCUUAUGAAAGCACUGGGUGUACAUUUUAAAGUAUGUAUUUAUAUAAGUUAUAAACAUGAAAGAGUCGCUUGUUACGUUAAUUUGCAGAUUUUGUAUAAACACAGACUUAACAAGAAAAGAGGAAAGAACGUGAAAUAAAAUUGCAUUGUUAUACAAGUGUGGUAUAGGGUGAAUUCUCCAUAUCUUAUUAUGGACAUAUUUUCCUUUUAAUUAUUCACCUUUUAAAAUGUACUGUUUUAUGUUUUGAAUGUUAAAAGGCAGUUAUUUGACUACUGUUCUAAUAUUUCUUAGCCUUAAAAUGUUACUUUGUCAAAUGUACCUUUUUAUAUCUACAUCGACUGAGAAAUGACACUUAAUCCAGUCUAACACCUGCAAUCAUUUCCUUAAGUAAAUUUAGUAUUUUAGAGAAGGAAAGGUUUUAGUUAGGAUUUGUGCGCAUAUGUAUUGCCAUGGGAAAUUCCCUUUUGCUUUUCUUGUAUGGUUAGAAAACGAUGGACUUGCGACCUUUUUUGUAAACUUAUCACUCCAGAGUUUAUUUUUUUAUAUUUACAUUGUUCGUACUGCUAAAGGAUAUCAUUUCAUCAAAACAAAUUCUAGUAAAUAUUGAUACAAACUAAA